AGUAGUAAUUAUAACAAUAAUAAUAUAAAUAAUAAAACCUUUAUACAACGCAGGACGGCCUAGCCCGUUAAUUCCGACCUUAUAAAGAUGGUGGAUUUAAAAAGUCUAGUCAUUUCCGGUCGUGCCCCCCAGAAGAUUGUGAUGACCUUACAUAAAUGGCGCAUUGCUACUGAAAUUUGCAAGGAACCCUAGUAUCUGAUAAGGAAACAAAAGAGGCUGGCAUGGCAGAGGGAAGGGCAGAGAUGGAAGAAGACAGGGGAGAUCUGCCCAACGGAGAGGAUGACAACGACUCGGAUAGAGAUGAAGAUAACAGAUUAGUUGGUUGGAUAUUACAUGAAGAUAUGGAUGAGGACGAGGAAGAUGAGGAAGUGGACGAUGAGCAGUUAUUAGACGCUGAAGCAGUUGAGCAGGACGCCCCAGCUGAGCGAAGUGGUCAUAUAGCAGUGGUUGACAGAAACAUCAUGUAUGUGUGGGGUGGAUACAAGAAUGCUGAAAACCAUGGAUUCUUCGACUUGUAUCUGCCUAGAAACGAGAUCUGGACCUACAACAUGGAGUCAGGAGUCUGGACAAAGCAUAUAGCGGGAGGUAGCCUCCACACAUCUAUGUCAGGCAGCUGUGGGGUGUGUGUUGAUGGAGUUCUCUACCUUUUCGGGGGGCAUCACGCCCGGGGAAACACAAACAAGAUUUACCGCUUGCCCUUGAGAACUCCCAGCCUUGUGUGGGAGGAAAUGAGGGAUCUUAAAGGACUUCCGCCAUCAUCCAAGGACAAGCUGGGCUGCUGGGUUCAGAAAAACCGAAUUAUCUACUUUGGGGGCUAUGGCUACGCUGCACAGGGCGCUCAUCGAGGGACUUUUGAAUAUGAUGAAUCGUCUUCUCUUGUGUGGGACAGCCCUGGGCGAGGCUGGAACAACCACAUCCAUAUCCUGGAUCUGGAGACGUCAACGUGGAGUCAGCCAAUUACCACGGGGGACACCCCUUCACCCAGAGCAGCUCAUGCCUGCGCAACAGUUGGCAACAGAGGCUAUGUGUUUGGUGGCCGAUACAAGAACUACAGAUUAAAUGACCUGUACUAUCUUGACCUGGACACGUGGGAGUGGCAUGAAAUGAGCGUUCCCCAGCAGGGUCCAGUGGGCCGUUCCUGGCACUCCUUCACUCCUGUGUCACCAGACCACAUCUUGCUAUUUGGAGGUUUCACCACAGACAGGGAGACGUUGAGUGAUGCUUGGCUGUACAGUGUGAGCAAAAAUGAAUGGAAGCCUUUCAAACACAGUCACACAGAGAGCCCCAGGCUGUGGCACACAGCGUGCGCUGGUCCAGAUGGCGAAGUGUUUGCGUUCGGAGGGUGUGCCAACAACCUGCUGUCACAGCACAGAGCUGCACACAGCAAUGACCUGCUGGUUUUCAAUGUUCAGCCCAAAUCAUUAGUUCGGUUCUGCAUGGAGACCAUCCUUCAGCACAGGGAGCGUUUGUCUAGCUACUGGGACUGUUUGCCUAAACACCUCCUGCACAGCCUCAAACAGAGAAUGGCACGUGUCAACACACUGGGCUCUUAAGAGGACAAUUAGAGGACAAUAUGUAUGCGUGGAAGGGAUACAUGCUUUCUGAAAGCAGGUAGUCCUUUUCAUGUCAGUGGAUACUUUCAUACAUAAAAACCUCUCCAGGGAAUGCUGAACGGCUUCGGAUUUGUUAGAAAUGGGUCCCGCCUGACGCAUGAUGGUUCACAGGCCAUCCUCAAAACUGUUAAUCACCUUAUAGAUGUUGCCGGGACAACCAUCAUUGUUGAGUGGUGGUGGUGAUGCGAUAGCACAGAGGAGAAACCUCUCACUACAUUUGGGAUUAGCUUUUUUUUUUUUUUUUU